AUGAAGGCUUUCCGUCGCCCAUUACUCAUAUCUUGCAUUUUUGCACUCACCUUCGUUCACGCUGCCGAUGUCUCGCCAGAACCUCCCUUUCCUGAGUUAACCCCCGCGCCCAAACCCAACUAUUACUACCCUCACCGUCGACAGGUCGGUGGUGGUAUCCUCGGCUCUGGGAUCGACAAGCCUGGCACUGGCACUGGUACUGGUACUGGGACUGGAACCGGGACUGGGACGGGUGCUGGUGCUGGAACCGCAACUGGGACUGGGACUGGGACUGGUACCGGUACUGGCACCGGUACUGGGACUGGAACUGGCACUGGUACGGCAACUGGCACAAAACCACCCACUAAUACCGGUGUAGACACUGGCACUGGCACUGGCACUGGCACCGGUACUGGAACGGGUACUGGUACUGGCACUGGUACUGGCACCGUCACAGGUACCGGGACUGGAACUGGAACUGGAACUGGAACGGGACCACCCACAAAUACUCAAGCACAACAAGCAUCCAGAACCGUUACUUCACUGUCUACGGGUGCUGAUGGAUCGACAGUUACGGUUGUGAAAACUCUCGAUCCACCGCCGGAAGCCACUGGUGGAAAUUCUAAUAAUGAUACGAAGUCUAGCAAAGGCUCGAGUAGUUCUCGCCUCAGUACCGGUUCUAUAAUUGGUCUUUCAGUUGCAGGAGGCGUGGCUGUUUUGGGGAUAAUAGGGUUCUUUAUCUGGAAGUUAACGAGGAAACGGUUCACCGAAUUUGACGACAACGAAGCUAUUAAGUGGCCGGACCUCAACGCCCACUCUGGUACAGGUGCCGACUCCCAUCCACUCCCUGUCAACAACACCGGUCGAGCUGGUUUCGACACGGGUUCCGAAGUUUCCCUCUCACGUGUUCCAUCUAAUUCAACACAUAAUUACUCCAACAACUACUCUACUGCAGAGCUUGGACCCGAUCCCUACGCAGUACCCCCGUUGCCGCAUAUGAAUCCCAAUCAACCUUACCAAGAUGACCCAGGAAGUAUGACGGGUUAUUAUGAUCCUUAUCGCGGACCAGUUCCCCAGACGUUCAACGACCCCACCACGCAUUGGGGAGGAGGAGAGGCGAUACCCAUGACCCAAAUGGCAAGUAGCGGAAGAAUGAGUCCUGGACCCAAUGCGGCAUAUGCACCGAGCCUAGCAGGGAGGAUGAGUCCUGGUCCUGGGUUAGCAUACAACGGCGGUACGUCGUCGCCUGCGCCGCAGAUGAUGCAAGGAGGAAGAGCGUCACCAGGUCCACACCUUGCUUAUGGACAACAUUGA